UCAUGUGCACUGAGAAAUGGGGAAGCUGUGAAAGAGUCGACCCUGUUCAGUACAUCAUAAUAAAUCCUGAGACUGGUUUCAAGAUGACGGUUCUGCUUGUGUUGGCGAUGCUGACAGCAUGUGCUGUAGGUCUUCAAGAUAUGUCGGGUCAAAUGUUCACUUUCCCACAGCAAAGCAACACUGCUCRUGUGAAGCUGAACGUAGCACAACAGGAGUUAGGGGUUGUAACUCUCUGUCACAGGUCCUUUACCGACCUCAAAAGAGGCCACGUCCUCUUCUCUCUGGCCACGUCCUUUAAUAGCAAUGACCUCCUGAUUUUUUGGGAUCAAGCAAAUGAGGAGAUGGAGCCUCACAUCAGGGAUAAAAAGACAGAAUAUAGAGGGUUCGACUACAAGCCAAACAUGUGGCACUCCAUUUGUACCACAUGGGACUCAGAGUCUGGACUGGUGCAGGUGUGGAUUGAUGGAAUACCCUCGAUUAGGAAGUACAUCAGCUCUGGAUCCAAAAUCAGUGGAACCAUGAUGAUUCUUUUAGGACAGGAGCAGGAUUCCCACGGUGGGGGAUUUGACAUUGACCAGUCUUUUGUUGGCAUGAUGUCGGACGUCCACAUGUGGGACUACGUCCUGUCCUCCUGUGAGAUCCAGAACUACAUGGAUGAACGUCCCAUCACUCCAGGGAAUGUGAUCAACUGGACUGCACUGGACUUCCAGAUUGUAAACAAAGUGUUGGUUGAGAAAAAAUUUACGUCAUGUCACUGAACCUUCAAAACAAGACCAUUACUACGUCAGAAAAGACAAAAAUUACAUAAAAUUACACUUGCUAGGCUUUUAUGUGCAAUCUUAAUGCGUCUAAAUGUAGAAUUAACAGGCAGUAAGAUUUGAUUUAAAUCAAAGUUAGCUGUUUUGUUAAGCAAAAAAACAUUAGAGGCACAGGCAGUCAAAAUUGCUGCGUACCCCCUGUAUUAAAAAAGGGAAAAUUAUGCUUUUAUUUAGGGUAUUAAGAAAAUCCAAAUCCUCUAGCUUUCUGUGAAGAGGGUUCUCUGGCUAUCUAACACGACUAAGAAAAUCAAAAAUCAAAGCAAUGAACAUGUGAUGUGAAAAGAGUCGCUCAUUUUGAUUAUCCUUCAGAUAAUUAUCGCUCUACACAAAGAUUUAUUCAUCCUGCCUAACACAUUCUAACACAGGCUUGGUUUUGCCCGUGCACUGUAAAUAAAGGUGUACAAGGUGCCACUUCCUCCCACAGAAAUGAAGCCAGAAUCUUUUUGAUGUGAAUGCUGCCAUCUUGAGUCUCAGCUGUCACUCAUGACAUUUCAUCCUGUUUUUAUAGCAUCAAAUAACUAAAAAUUAACAAUUGGACAUACAUCAGUGUGAUACUAUGCUGUGGCUAGCCACCAGGUGGCAAUUGAGACACUCUGGCUUCACUUUUGGGGAGCUGUCAUGUCAUCCAUCUUGAUAUACAGUCUAUGGACAGUUAGUCACAACAAGUUUACAUUGCAAUAAUAUCCAGGCUGUGUUUCUGUCAUUUAUUUUGAAGUUCCUCUGCUCCCUAUUCCCCAAAGAUAUAUAAAUUCAUCUUUAAAUUAGUUUUGGUAUUUACAAAACCAAAUUGAUCUUUGUGUGUUAUUUUCUGGACAUUA